AUGUCUGGUGAGCCUGAGGUCGCGCGCACACCUGAAGGAGAUGAGACUGAAGAAGAAGAAAUCAAAUCCUCUUACAAACCGCCACCAGAGAAAACAAUUGAAGAAAUAUUAGCAGCUGAUCAAGAAGACGAAUCCUUAAGGAAAUACAAAGAAGCAUUAUUGGGACAGGCUCAGGCUGGAACUGUUAUUGUUGAACCCAAUGACCCACGGAAGGUGAUAGUGAAGAAACUAGCUCUCUGCGUGGCGGAACGAGACGACCUCGAGUUGGAUCUGACUGGGGACCUCACCGACCUGAAAAAACAGGUAUUCGUGAUAAAAGAGGGCGUGCAAUACCGGAUAAGGAUCGACUUCAUUGUACAGCGCGAAAUUGUUCACGGUCUUAAAUAUGUGCAAAAGACGUACCGGUUGGGUGUGCCAGUUGACAAAAUGACCCACAUGGUGGGCUCGUAUCCUCCCAAGACUGAGAUCCAGUCUUACACCACUCCACCCGAAGACGCGCCAUCGGGCAUGAUGGCACGGGGCUCCUACACGGUCAACAGUCUCUUUACUGACGACGACAAGAACAUCCACUUGCAGUGGGAAUGGAGUUUCGAGAUCAAGAAGGAUUGGAAGGAAUAG